UCCAAAAGAAAACGUUCCUCUUAACUCACAUUUAAUAAAAAGACUGUCUUGCUGAGGGAAAAUCGAGUCAUUGUUCACUGGUUAUGUGGUCUGAGGCUAAAUGAAUAGAAGCAUGAGCUUUGUCAUCCGUGAAAUUUCAUAGGUUUGUUUGAGCAAAAGGGAUACAAUGGCUGCGCCACACAUAAGAGGAACAUUGAAAGGUCUUAGUCUAAGAAGGUAGAAAAGACUGGUGGGUUGAGACAGGAUGAUGAUGCCUCUAUGGCUGCAAUAUCUGCAUUGCUCCUGGUUCUGUCUACAACGUGCAGCGUCCGGGCACUCACGCGAGUAUUCAGAGUACCAGAAGGACCAUCUCCUGCUCGUAUUGGCGACAUAGCCAACACUGAUAACCUGACUAGCGUCGCGGGCUGUGCCCAGUUGAGUAGUCUGAGGUACUCGUUGAUUUCUCAAGAGGACGGGCAUCACUUGCUUUUCAAAGUCAACGAAACAACGGGCGAUUUUGCAACGGUAGUCGCUUUGGAUAGAGAGAACAUUACAGCAUGUGCGUUUCUUUCAGAAUGUCCGCUGCACGUAAGCGUAGCUGUGCAGUCGGCUAUAGGUACCUGUUUUCAAAAAGUCUCAGUAGUGGUUAUUUUGAUCGAUGUUAAUGACAAUGCGCCACAGUUUGCACAGCCGAUCGUCCGUCGAGAACUGUACGAGAAUGCCCCGGUUGGGUCAGAGAUGUCCCUGCCUCUAGCUCACGAUAGAGAUGCCAAUACAGUAUUCCAAAUCCAUAGCUAUUCCCUCUCACCAUCAUCAUCUCCGUUUUCUCUGGUUUAUACUCGUCUCCAGGAUGGUUCGGUCAGUCUGAUGCUGAGGCUUUCGGCAAUUCUGGAUAGGGAAACAACAUCAGAAUAUAGCCUUCACGUCACGGCGUUUGAUGGUGGUAGGCCACCUCGAAGUGGCGAUGUCUUGGUGAUCGUAGCAGUACAAGAUAUAAACGACAAUGCGCCACACUUCACGGAAGACGAAUAUCAAGUCUCUGUACCAGAGAACAGCAAAAUAGGUUCCACGGUAUUCUUUCUUUCAGCUACAGAUUUAGAUUUUGAUCAAAAUGGUGUAAUAGCAUAUGACUUUGCGAAUCCUAAACAAGAGGCUGUUACAAAACAUUUUCUUGUUGAUCCAAAAGCGGGGUCUAUUACUAUCAAAGGUUCGCUGGAGAACGAAGGAGGAAAUGUGUUUAAUUUUUCUGUCCUGGUAACCGAUGGGGGCAAUCCAGUGCUGAGUUCUGAAGCAAGAGUCGUGAUAUCGGUUCUGGACACUGGCAACAACCGACCACAAAUCAUCAUCCAGUUACUGUUCAGUGAAAGCGGUUCGGCCACAGUGUCUGAGUCGGCCGUCGUGGGUCGAGUGGUUGCCCUGGUUACAGCGAGAGACUCUGAUCCUGGUGACAAUGGCAAGGUGCACUGCUCCAGUAAGGACGUGAACUUCAGGCUGGUGCUUCACGAAUCAGAGUACAAGGUGGUGGUUGCCAUGCCACUGGACAGAGAACAAAUCGCUUUGCACAAAGUCACAAUAAUCUGCCAGGAUGGAGGUACUCCGCCCCUUAAGUCAUCAAAACUAUUAUUAGUAAAAGUACUGGACAGCAAUGACAAUAGUCCACAGUUUCUACAACCCCAAUACAUUAUGUAUGCACAGGAAAAUAAUAAUAAUGUUCCUGUCUUCAUUGGACAAGUGUCUGCGAAUGACAAUGAUGCUGGACAAAACGCAGAGAUCUCUUACACCAUACCAGAAAGUAUGAAUAAUACGGUUAUUAUUGAAGAGACGUCGGGCAAAGUCUUUGUGAACAAAACUCUUGACAGAGAGCACAUUGCCCAGUACACUAUUCACGUAGUAGCCUCUGAUCACGGUUCUCCUCCGAGAACAGGUCAAUCGUUAAUUAUUCUAAAAGUGAACGAUCAAAACGAUAACAGUCCCGGGUUCUUAAAUGUUUCUUAUGCAUUCUAUAUUAAAGAAAACGUAUCUCCAGAUUCGUUUGUUGGACUUUUUGUUGCAAAAGAUGAGGAUGAAGGUAUAAAUGGAGAGGUAUCCUACUAUUUGAAAAUUGUUUCUGAAACAGACAGUUUUCCUUUUCGCCUCUUACCCAAUGGAUCAUUGGUAUCAGCGGGAUCAUUAGACUAUGAGCAAAAAGACAUGUAUCAUUUCGAGGUAUUUGCAUCUGAUCAUGGCAUUCCUACACACUCUGCUUCAGCGUCUGUUACUGUAUUUGUACUUGACGAAAAUGAUCAUCGUCCGAGAAUAACGUUCCCAACAAUAGACAACAAUUCUGUGUCUGUCUCGCAUACUGCAGGAGCAGGGACUCGAAUCGCAGUCAUCCAGGGGCAUGAUGCAGACACUGGUGUUAAUGGUCAGCUUUUGUACUCUAUCAGUGUUAACAACACAAGCGACUUGUUCCUGGUGGACGCAGACGCUGGGGUUAUUUCAUUAAAAAGGACGCUGCUGUCGUCAGAGAUUACGACCUAUGAGUUGCUGAUCACCGUCUCUGAUCGAGGCACCCCAGCGUUAUCUGCACAAGCUGUUCUCGUCGUGGUUGUUAGUUUUGAUGACCAGUUGUCAGAUGGUUAUGUAAAAAUCGUCGUAGCCAUCGUGUGUGUGACGUUGUUGCUAGCUGUUGGCGUCACGGUCGUGGUCUGCUUUCUGAGACACACAGACAAACAGAAUAUCAGGCACGGUGCAAUUACAAGAAACAACUUUUUCUCUCAGUGCAUGAAUUCUCUGAAAUCUAGCAGACGGCAUCUCAAAGAUGCCAAACAAAGGCCGGGGAUUAUUGUGUUAGGUGAAAGCAAUAGGUUCUCAAAGAAAACCGUCACAUUUAAAACAAAUUCGCCGAAAGGUGAAAAGAAAAAUGGGUCUGUGAAAUGUGAAAACUGUAAAUAUCAGAUUCUAAAGAAGGCAGCAGGACGUGUGUGUUCAAGAUGUGGCACAGAAGAGUUCAAUUCUAGACAGAUGGGUGAGAGUAUGAUGAAACAGCUGGACGUCGACUCACUGCGAUUGACACCAGUGUAUGUACGUGACGGUGACGACACCAGCACGAGAGAGAUUUUAUCUCUCCACCAAGCCCUGGCCAGAUCUGUGACGCAGACUGAUGACUCUCGGAACAGAUCAGCCGAUGUUUGGUUUACUUCUCGCCACGAGGUAUCGUCACCCGGUGAUUCCUUGCAGUUGGAAAACGACGAUUGCUUAAGACACAGUGAAAUCACCGUGUGAGGUGUACCAGAGCUUGCUAUGAAAGGUUAUCACCAGCUCAAGAGACGGUGAAACCAGGCAAUACUGGCUGUCGCGAUGAUCAACUUGUGUAUGACACUAGUACAGUGAAACCGCAUCUAGAGAACACUUUUUCUUACACACCCGUUGGUGAGAACACCAUGUGUUAUUUUUGAUAACACAUAGUUGUUUACACACAAAUUUCAAGACAUAC